AUGCGCCUUACUGAAUACAGCUUAGCAGUGUGCUACCCCAGCUUCGGUUGUGUCAUUGUGACUGACCGAGGCCGGUUCUUGUCGGCUUUGUACCGCGAAGUCGUACUUACAAACGUCUCGGAGCUGCGCAGUUUUGAAUAUAUUCUUUUUCUGUGCUGUGAUUGCAUACACAUCAAAUUCGCCAUGAAGUCUUUUACAUGCAGAGAAGCCCCUCGGCUGUUGUCACGAUCAAAUCUAGCACAGAGAGCACCAGUCGCAGCCCACAGGAAUGCAAACACAUGGAGACAAGAACAACGAAGAGGAUUUGGUUCGACGAGACGGCUACUGGUGGUCAAACCAUAUCUAUUAGCAGACAUUGGAGAAGGGAUUACCGAAUGUCAGGUUAUACAGUGGUUCGUCAAACCAGGAGCGCGUGUCGAGCAAUUCGAUCCUAUUUGUGAAGUCCAAUCAGACAAGGCAUCUGUCGAGAUCACUUCACGAUUCGACGGCGUAAUCAAGAAGCUAUAUUAUGAGCCGGAUGACAUGGCCAAGGUCGGAAAGCCUCUGGUAGAUAUCGAUAUACAAAGCGAAAUAUCUCCAGCCGAUGAGGCGCUGCUCAAUGACGGAUCCGGCGCACCGGCAAACAAGCAAGCACCUGAGCAAUCACAAACACAGGAGCAGGGUAUUGAGCUGGAUCGGAACGAUACGAAGGCAGCCAGCGGUAAUUUUUCUACGCCGGCCCAAUCACUGCCAUCAGAGCCCGUUCAAGAGCACUCUAAACCACCGCGUCAGCUAGGCAAACACGCGUCGUUGGCCACGCCCGCUGUGCGACACAUAAUCAAGGAGAACAAGUUGAAUAUUGAAGACAUUGAAGGCACAGGGAAAGAAGGAAGGGUCACCAAAGAAAAUGUUCAAAGAUACAUUGAGGCAAGCAGGCAAUCUGCAGCAGCGCCACUUGUCUCGUCCACACCAACGCCUGGGCCUAAGCCAACUCAGCAGGUUGAAGACCAGACCAAGCCCUUGUCGCCAAUUCAAGCUGGCAUGUUCAACCAGAUGACUAAAUCUUUGUCUAUUCCACAUUUCCUCUACACAGAUUCAGUCGACUUCAGCUCUCUUACCUCACUUCGGCAGAAGUACAAUGCCGGGCGUGAAAAGGCCGAUCGCAUAACGCCCUUGCCUAUAAUCAUCAAGGCCGUAUCUCUCACCCUUCACCAAUACCCACUAAUCAACUCGCAUCUCGAUACCACCAAUCCCAACAAGCCACAGAUUAUUCUCAAGGGCAGUCAUAACAUCGGUAUAGCAGUCGACUCGCCCUCGGGUUUACUCGUCCCCGUAAUCAAGAACGUCCAGGACCACAGCAUCGCAUCACUCGCAGCUGAGAUCCAGCGUCUUAGCAGCCUUGCACGUGAGGGCAAGCUCACCUCCGCCGACAUGACGGGUGCAACGUUUACAGUCAGCAACAUUGGCAGCAUUGGUGGUACAGCUGUCGCGCCGGUGAUUGUGGGACCGCAGGUAGGUAUUCUCGGAAUCGGCAGAGCAAAGGUCAUCCCGGCGUUUGGCAAAAAUGGUGAGCUGGUGAAGAGGGAAGAAUGUGUGUUUAGCUGGAGUGCAGACCACCGGGUAGUAGAUGGAGCGUAUGUAGCUAGAGCGGCUGAUGAGGUUAGGAAGUGUAUAGAAAGUGUCGAGAGCAUGCUUGUGCGAAUGCGAUAG